ACCCAGAGGGCACCAGUAGUGAGCUGAGAGCUAAUCGGAAUCGAACCCAGCAAGCAGCGGCAGCAGCAGCAACGGUAGGAGCUUAACAUCCGAACGGAAACAGUGCUAAGCGACAGAGAGGCGCCAAGAUGGUUUACGAAAGCGACUUCUACAGCACCCGCCGGGUUGGGUCGUCCUACACCCGCCCCACGAUUUCCUCGUACACCGUGACGACUCCACUGCGAUACUCAGGAGUGCCACGAUUUAACACGAUCACGACCACCACCACCACGUACCGCACACCAAUGCCCUACGUGGCGCACAAGCGGCUCGUUCCAGUGACUCGAGUCGUCUCGUCGCCCCCGAGGAUCCUUGUUUCCCCGCUGCGGGUGCUCGGAUCGCCGGUCCGUGUGAUCCACUCGCCGGUGCGCGUGUACGGUACGCCGGUCCGCACCGUCCGUGCGGUCCGCUCGCCGGCCCGCGUCAUCGUGUCGCCGGCCCGGAUCGUCACGAUCCGCUCGCCGUACCUGCGCCCGUCGAUCAUCAACAAAGAAUUCGAUCGCAUUGAACGUAAAUAUCGCGCUAGCCCUGUAAGUAGUGCCCUAGAGCAGUAUUACAACUCGCCCUCGUACUUGGAGUUUGAGGACGAGAAGCGUGAUAUCCGCAACUCGACCGCUCUACUGCUGCGCCAGCUGAACGAUCCCGUUCCGCGCAUGCUGGCUCCGGUCGCGCAGGCUGCUCCGGAACCGAACCCGAAGAAGUGGGUGUACGAUCCGUUCUCGACUCACAACCGUCUCAACAGUGACACCUACGUGAAGAGCCACAUCACCGAUCCGAUCCGCAGCGUGCGCAACGACAUCGAGGCCAUGGCCAGAUACCACUCGCCAGCAUCGCGCUAUGUCGAAUAUGUGCUGUUGGAUGACAUCCUGUGGCGUUAUACGUAUUAUGUCGAUGAGGAUGGCAAGAACCACUUGGCCAGUACGCGCAUUAUUGGAUCGCAGGCCUACCCGAAAACCAAGCCCAGAAUCUAUAACUACGAUACCGCCAAGGUCGGCAAGGAUGUGAACGUCAUGUCGUACUAUAAGUCCAACCGCACGCAGGCCAAGGCCGAUGUCGAGGAAGUGGGAAAAUUAAAUCCAGUUCGCCCGACGCGCAAGUUCAACAACCCAAAGCUGUACGAUGACCCAACCGAUCCGAAGCUGAAGGACAAGCAGGAGAAGAUCGCGGCCGUCACCGAGCUGAACAAGGUGCGCUACGAGCCGAUCAAUCUGGAGAAGGAGCGGUUGAAGCUGCUGGAGGAGGCCAAGAAGAAGGAGGAAGCUGCUGCCGAACGUGAGAAGCUGCGCCAGGAGGAGCAGGCACGUAAGGAAGAAGAGGCUCGUUUGGCCGCCGAAGAGGCAGAACGUCGCCGCAUCGAAGAGGAGCGUCUGGCAGAGGAGGCCCGAAUUGCCGAAGAAGCGCGUCUAGCGGAGGAGGCGCGUUUGGCGGAGGAGGCCCGACUGGCUGAAGACAAGAAGAAGAAGGCCGCCGAAAAGAAGAAGAAGGAGGAGGAGGAGAAGAAGAAGAAGGAGGCCGAAGAGAAGAAGCGCAAGGAGGAGGAAGAGAAGAAGCGCAAGGAGGAGGAAGAAAAGAAGCGCAAGGAGGAGGAGGAGCGCAAGCGCAAGGAAGCGGAGGAGGCCGCCCGUAAGGCCGCCGAGGAGGAAGCCGCCCGUAAGGCGGCCGAGGAGGAGGCCGCCCGUAAGGCCGCCGAGGAGGAAGCUGCCCGGGUGGCGGCCGAGGAGGCUCGCAAGGUGUCGGAGGAGGAAUCUCGCAAGGCGGCCGAGGAGGAGCAGAGCCGCAUCACCGAGGCGCAGAAGGUGCGCGAGGACGAGCUGGCGCGGCUGAACGAGCUGGAGAAGCAGGCGAUCGAGGAGAACAACGAGGAGCUGGCGAAGGAGAUCGCCGAGCUGAAGGCGAUCGCGCAGUCGGACGAGGAGCUGCUGAAGCGUCAGGCGGCCAAGCUGGAGGAGACCGGUGCGCCGGCCGAGGGUGAAGCGGCCGAAGCAGCGGCUCCGGUGGCGGCCGAGGGUGAGGCGGCUGAGGCGGCCCCGGCGGAAGCGACCCCGGCCCCCGAAGAACCGGCCACCGAGGAGAGCAAGACUGAGGAGAGUCCUGCCGCUGCCGAGUGAACACUAGUUCCGCAACAGCCAGCUCGUGCACUAACCAACUAGAACCUAAGACUAGGGCUUUCUCUCUUGCGAAAUAAUUGUUAGUAUUUUAGCUAGGCACUAGCCGUCAGCCAAAACAAUCGAGCCAUCAUUCGAGACAACAAGGUAUAAGGAACUCUACUAAUUUCCCACGCACUUAUGCACUUAGCGUCCCUGCUUUUAGAGGAAGUAGUGGCAAAGUUAGAAUCGAACGAAAACGCCCAAAAGUUUUUAAGUUAAAUCAACGAAAAUUUCUUUCAUUAUCCCCCUUCUUUUCGCUACCCAGAAGCUAGACUAGAGCCUCGAGCUGCGCACUGCAUUUGAAGUCAACGAAACCCAUUGCAUUGCCAAUCCCGUGCGACACUGUUUGCUCCCGCAAAGGAGACUGCACUUUCUUACAUUCAACACAGACUACAGAUGUAGAACUUGCCACGCAAGGGGGUCGUCGCUAGCACGUCACGCUAGAAGCCAACGCACAUUGAACUGAAUCGAUUCGAAUCGAUAUAGCGAGUGGUAACCGGAAGCCUAUAUCGCGAAGAACUCGGUCAGCUUCGCAGAGCCGUGGCAGCGACCGUUUUUAACCGGCACCGAACAUUUCGAAGUUAUGCAUUUUUUACAGUCACUUCUGCACGUCUUAUCCGGAAAUACUUAGAGUUUGUGCUUGCUUAUCCCUUAUCUUUCUUCUUUCGCCUCUAAUUAUUAGUCCCACAACCGGAAAGCGUACGAAACUGGUUGGUUGUUCUGAAAAACUGUGGCACUUAUGAAGCUUCUAAACGCUACAGUUCAAUUGUUGAAGUUUUUUAUUUCUACCUUUAAUUCUCCACCCUUCCUAUUUUCCAAUCGUUUAGUUGAAAGGGGAACAAAGUUGUUCAUUGUUUAUUUCUUCCCGAAUGUGUUUUGUUUUACGUUUACGUUAUGUUAUCUUUACUUACUUGUUCUCGUUGUCUGUUACUUUUACACCGAUCGAUUGAGUUCGAUAAGACAAUAAAAAUCGUGUAAAUAAGAUUAGAAGAAAAACAA